AUGGACGCAAAUAAAAAUACUAAAAAUGAAGACAAAAAUAAGAUUGAGGAUAACAACAGUUGUGAUCACCAAGAAAAAUGGAGAUCGGCGGCCAUUGAAGAAGAUUUAUGGGAUAUGUCCCGCAGAAAACGAGUUAAGGAAGUAUUAGGUUCUAAUGAUUUUCGGAGUGAAUUGGAACAAAUAGUUUGCCCAGACAUUGCCAGAUCCUUUCCAGAAGAUUUGAACAGUGCAAUGGCUUCUUUAAACAUUCAAACAGCAAAUUAUUCUCGUUUACCUCAACUUUUGCCGUUAAAUGUCAACCAAGUUUUAAGCAAUCCACCAAUUAAAAUAGCAGAUAUUGCCCGUAAUAAUAAUUUAUAUUCAUUGGAAGAAAAAAAACAAAGAAACAAAUUGGCUACAAUUUAUAGACUUGUGGAUCUUUUUCAAUGGUCACAAGGGAUUUACAAUCAUAUAACGCUUCGCCUUCCUGGAACUGAUCCUGCCCAAGUUUUAAUUAAUCCAUUUGGAUUGCUCUAUAAUGAAGUAACUGCCUCUUCUCUCAUUAAACUCAGCUUGUCUGGAGAUGUGAUAGACCAAGGCUCUACAAAUUUGGGUGUUAAUCAGGCUGCUUAUGUUCUUCAUUCAGCUAUUCAUGAGGCUAGACCAGAUGUUCAUUGUGUCGUUCAUUUACAUACGGCCGUUGUUGCUGCCGUUAGCGCCAUGAAGUGCGGAUUAUUACCAAUUUGUCAGGAAGCUAUGAUUAUUGGCCCUGUAGCUUAUCAUGAUUACCAGGGCAUUUUAACAGAUGAUGAUGAGAAAAAGUCAAUAGUCAGCGAUUUGGGCGAUAAAAAUGUGAUGAUUCUUCGAAACCAUGGUUUUGUAGCUUGCGGUCGAACAGUGGAGGACGCUCUUCAUUUGGCAUUUCAUACGAUUAUUUCAUGUGAAACUCAGAUCAGGGCGGCACGAGUUGGACUUGAUAAAUUAAUUAUACCUUCUGAUGAAGCAGUCCAAAAAGCUUAUUCUACGGCUAGAAGUGCAGGUGGUGGUGGAGUAAAUCGAACUCAACAAAAUUUAACUGCCAACAUUUCUUGGGGAAUUGGAGAACUUGAAUGGGAAGCGUGGUGUAGGAUUUUGGACACAGCGGGAUUCUGUACUGGACACAUUUAUCGAAAUAAAUUGCUUCGUUCAACAUCACAACCUUCCCAUCAUUCAAUGUAUAAUUUGUCAAGUAUAGCAACUCCAUCAAAUGGGCCAGCAUCGCUGGGAACUAUUGAAGAAGGAACAUCAACAUCAUCAAAUUGGUGCCUUUCCUUGCUUCUUCAAAAAGAAAAAGAGAAGGCUAUUUGGUUAAAUUCGCCUUGCAAUUAUUUAAAAGUGCAACUGCCAGAGACGGGAACUGAUUGUCCUCGAUUAAUUACAAGAUGGGUUGAGCAGCAAAGCGCCAGUUCCAAAAGUGGCACGCCGGUGAAAAUUAAUUCACCCUUGCAGUUUAGCCCUAGCAGUCUGGAUAUGCGAGAAUUCAGAGAAAAAAGAAGAAAAUUGAAAGAGGCUAGAAUGAGCGGAAAAGUUUCACCUGGUCCUCAAUCAUUGGUGCUUGAUGGAUUGACAUUAACGGACAUUGAAGGAGUUUGUUUUUUUAAUUUGUAUUUAGAAUGUUCGGAGCAGUUCAACUGGGUCACUGCUCAGCUGAGUCCCAGCCUUUAUAACUUAUGA